CUGUAAUUUAGGAGAAGUGUGUUUUUAACGCCAAAUGUUGAAAAACGAAAAGGAAAAGAUACACAACCCUAAAAAAUUGAAGAGACUGUAUAAAACCGUUCUAUUAAAGUUGAAAUGUGCCUUCAUAGAGAUAGAAAUAGAAAGACGGUUCCUCUUCUCCCUUGUGACGCAUUAUAUAGCUUUCCAAAAUCAAAAACCCUCUGUGACUCCCUGCAUUUUGGUAACGAUGCACAACCGGUCCAACCCCGUGGCGACAACAAACGUGGUGAACUACACCACCUCCAGCAACACCUACGACCUAUACGACGUCACUUUCGAAAACCGCACCAUCCACACCCAAGUCACCCCCAACUCCUCCGAAGUCGACAGGUGGCUCUCCAGCAACGCCGGCCGUCGCCUGGGCCUCUUGGUGGGCCUGGACGUUGAGUGGAGGCCCAACACUCACCCCAACAGGCGAAACCCCAUAGCCACCCUCCAACUAUGCGUGGGUCAUGCCUGCCUCAUCUUCCAUAUUAUCAACUCUCGUUUCAUUCCCCGCUCUCUCGUUUCCUUCCUCCAAGAUCCUAACGUUACUUUCUUGGGCGUUGGGAUCCGCGCUGACGCCGAUAAGCUUCUUGAAGACUAUGGUCUCAACGUGGUGAACGUGUGUGAUCUUCGUUCUCUGGCUGAGAGGCGUGUUCCUCAUCUGAUGCACGCUGGGUUGAAGAUGCUGUGCCUCCAUGUUCUCGGAGUGGAGGUUGAGAAGCCGCAGAGUGUCACCAGGAGUUUAUGGGAUAAUCCCCAGCUCACCCCUGAACAGGUUAAGUAUGCUGCCAUUGAUGCCUUUCUCUCCUAUGAGAUUGGACGCCUGUUGAUGGGACGCUAGUCUCUGCGGUUUCUGUCAUUUCUCGCUGUUACCCUCGCUAGGUGAGGUGAGUAGCUUAUGCUGUUUGUUUCUGUCAUUUCUUUCUGUUUUCUUUGCGUGUUAUGUUAGCAUUCCGAACGCCUGGUUUUAUGUUUCUGAAUUGAGGAUCUGCAAUUACAGAUGUCUGUAAUUCUGCUGUUUGUCAUGAUUCCACGGAUUUUUUACGCUUUUAUCAGUUUGCUGAUGUUGAUAUGCAUACGGAUAUUGGUUAUAUUACAUACGAUUUUGGAUUU